AUGUUUAUGAAAUGUUUAGGCAACACAAGUUCUUCAAAGAAACAGUAUCAAACAGUAAUAGAAGAGUUGUGCCAUCAGUUUUCUCUUGCAGAGAUUAGAAAGUCAACCAACAACUUCGAUAGAAAGAGACUAAUUGGUCGUGGAGGAUUUGGUGAAGUAUAUAAAGGCUAUCUCCAACAUUAUGCUGCUUCUAAUUACAUAGUAGCAGUGAAACGGUUUUCUGUGGAACACAGUGAAGUGUUCAAGAAUGAAAUAGAGUUGCUCUGCCAGCUUCGUCACCCUAAUUGUGUGUCUCUUAUAGGAUUCUGCAACCACAAGAAAGAGAAGAUUGUUGUGUACGAAUACAUGUCCAAUGAAUCUCUAGAUCGACACCUACAACGUGGGGAGCUGUCAUGGAAGCAAAGGUUAGAGAUUUGCACAGGAGCAGCGCGUGGACUACACUACCUUCAUGCAGGAGCUAAGCGCACCAUCAUCCACCGUAUAGUCAAACCUCGAACCAUCCUUUUGGACGACAACAUGCACCCAAAACUCACAGGUUUCUGCAUUAGCGUAAAGGGGUCACGAUUGAUGUCAAAACCAAAGCCAAUUAAAGUUGAUGUUGUGGCUGGUACUCCUGGAUACAUGGCUAGAGAGCUUUUCACUGACGAUGCCAUCACAGAUAAAUCUGAUGUUUAUUCUUUUGGUAUGGUUCUGCUAGAAGUUGUGUGUGGAAGGAAAUACAUAACAAUGCCAGCUGAAAGAGAAUUUCUGGAGAAGCCUGUUGAGGAAAAAGUUGAUGCGAGCAUCAAGGGAAAGAUUGCACCAAAGUGUUGGGAAGUCUUCAUAGAUAUCACCAAAAGAUGCGUGAUGUAUGAACCGGAUGAGCGACCAACAAUGGGUGAAGUAGAGGUACAACUAGAGUAUGCUUUGUCGUUGCAGGAACAGGCUGAUACAAAUACUAAUGGUGAUUAUACCUUAUUUUCCACCACAGUUAUUCACCCAGGAGCGGAACUGAUAGACAGCACAGAAGACAGUGAUACUGAAGAAAUGUAA